AAGAGCGGGCAUCGUACUGCAGGUACCGUGUCCCAUCCCUCGGAGUGUCCCAUCCUGGAAAAUCGCAGUGUGGAAGAAGAAGAAGAAUACAGUGAACGAAUGGUUCUACGAAAAGUCGCUUAUUGUUAAUAAUUUCUAAAGUCUUCUGUGUGGUGAAAUUGUCUAGCUGUCUUUAAGAUUUUUCUACUCUUGAACAAUACUGUUUUCAUCCCUCUUAAAGAAUUAGUUUUGCUAUACGUAAAUAGUGUCAUAGAAACAUAAAUUUUACAGACACUGUGCUGUGCGAAUUGUUAUUGUAAUUUAUAUUUUGCUAUAUUAAUAUAAUAUAAUAUAAUUUAUAUUAUAUUUAUAUCUUGCUGAGAACAGGAAUGAUAAUUGGGGCGAUAGUGUACGUGCAUAAGAUUGGCAUUGUCUGAGGGAUUCGAGAGCAACUUGGAGCAACUCGGUACGGCAUUCGGUCUCGCCACAAAUGCCAAUUGAUACUCGCAGCCAAGCGGUUUGUUGUGCCUUAGAGAAUGGCCUGUUUUCUCACGCGGUAUAUACCGAAUCGGCUAAAUAUAUCCUAUCGAAAAUUGAAUUAACCGAAUUGUUCGAUCAGAUUCUCGUUCCUUCGAUUAGCCAUACGCAGUAGGCGACGCCGAAAGAAUCAUUAAUUAUAAUAAACAAAUCCAUUAUGGAAAACAAAACCGGACGACGAGACGUUACGAAGAAAUCCUCGUAAUUCUCAUGCAGAGCAGCUCGAUCAUAAUUACGCGUCACUUAUGCAGGCUCGAGACACAAAGUGAAUACACAUCGAGACCACCAUGUCAUGGGUGGAAGACGAAGCAGCGCCAUGGGAUCUCGGGGGGGAUACCUCGGAAGCACCUGCCGAGGGUGCGGCGGAGGGUGCGCCCGCGGAAGGAGCCGCUGCCGAGAGGCCGGUCUUGAAGUUGGAGAAGAUCGAGCCGCCCCAUUACAAUCAUCACUGGGUUCGACCACUGUUCCUCAAUUACGCGUACCUCUAUGAUUACAGGAAGAAUUACUACGACGACGUGAUCGACUACCUCAACCAGAGACAGAGAGGGAUAUUCCGCGAGCCGCCCAGAGCCCAGGAAUGGGCGGAGAGGGCCCUGAGGACCUACGAUGAAAAGAACACGGACAAGAGCUACAAACGAUCGGCCGAUAUGAAGUACAUCACCAAUAUGAGACUCACGUCCAGACACUACAGCUACCACACUCGCGCCUACUAUAGCUUGAAGUACCAGAAGAUCCUGUGAAUUCACCGUCUGAAAAGCUUGAAAGCUCCGUCGUUGAAAGGCGAUCGUCAAAAGCAGCUUGAAUUUCGCGUACUCGCAUCGCCGCGUGAUGACACGUUCAUAUCCUUGUUUUAAUAAGAUUUUCAAACGAUUCGGACAAACAGAUCGUCUCUUUCAUUUAUUCUCUAUUUCGUUUUUUCGCGACUCGUAAUUUUUAAUAGAUGUUUUCUAUGAGCUAGUGAUAUCGGUGAGUAGAACGUUAUAAUUUUUAUGUGAUCGGUGAUAUUUUGGAACGCAACUAUGUGUGGUAUUAUUAUACGAUGUAUGUAUGUACUUCCCAUUCGAGAGAUCGGCAUUACUAAAUACAAGUUUAUUGGAAAAAAUCUUUAAUCAAA